AUGACACUCCAAGAAAUCAAGGAUGCCACCCUGUCAGACGCAACUUUAAACAGAGUUGUGGAAUGCUUAAAAACAGGGAAAUGGGACGAGAAGGAUGUAGAACUCAAAUCUUAUCACAUGUGUGCGGAAGAACUAACAGCAACGAAAGCAGGAGACCUUCUUCUGAAGGGAAGCAGAAUUGUUAUACCAAAAUCAUUACAAGACCGUGCAAUGCAACUUGGCCAUGUGGGACACCAGGGAAUAGAAAAGACUAAAGCGCUAUUACGAGAGAAAAUUUGGUUUCCUGGAAUGGAUAGUAAAAUUAAAACCUUCAUUGAAAACUGUGCAGCUUGUCAAACUGUUGGUCCCUGUAGUCCACCUGAACCGAUGAGUAUAACGCCUACAGCAACGGAGCCAUGGCAAAGCUUGGCACUCGAUUUUUAUGGUCCUAUUCCCCACAGUGGACAGUAUUUACUUGUUGUAACCGACACGUAUUCUAAGUUUCCUGAAGUGGAAAUUGUGAAGUCAACUUCAGCGAAGGCCUGUAUCCCUAAGCUAGACCGUAUAUUUGGAACUCACGGCAUUCCAAAAACAAUUAAAACUGAUAAUGGCCCACCUUUUAAUGGGGAUGACUUCAAAAGAUACAUGGCUGCCUUGGGAAUCGAAUGGACCAGAAGCACUCCGUUAUGGCCCCAAGGGAAUGGUAAUGCGGGGAGUGUGAUGAAGCCGCUAGGAAAAGUGAUAAAGACUUCUGUGUUAGAGGGAAAGAAUUGGAGACAAGAACUUCAACGAUUCUUAUUAAAUUAUCGCUCAACGCCGCAUGCCACUACUAAGAUACCUCCAUGUGAGUUACUGUUCAACCGAAAGGUUCAAGGAAGUCUACCUGAGCUAUCAACAAAGAAAAUCGUUAACAAGCAUCAAAGCGCUAAGGAAAACAUUGAGAAGAGGAAGAUCAGUAAUAAGCAAUAUUAUGAUGUCAAGAAUAACACCAAAACAUCCACAAUCAAGGAAGGUGACAUUGUUAUUUGCAAACAAAAACCAAUUAACAAGCUAUCUCCUAGAUUCAAUCCUGAGCGAUUUACGAUCGUGAAGAGGAAAGGAGCAACAGCCACAGCUAGAAACGACAGACGUACUAUCACACGCAAUGUGUCUCAUUUCAAAGUAGUUAAACCUGCGGAUGAACAAAGUAGUGACGAAGAGAAGCCCAAAAACGUGGAUGAUGCACGAGGUAACGGAGUCGAAGAUGAGAAUCAUGAGAUGCAGGAUAUUGUAGAACACCAACCACCACCAAGAAGAUCAACGAGAAAACAACAACCUGUAAACAGAUUUGGUAACCCAAUACCAUCUGGACUAGUGUCCUAA